GCUUUGACAUCUGUGCUAUUUACAUUUUUCUUCUAACCUAAAAUUUGAAUUACCUCUUUUAAAGUUUAACCUUUUUUACCAGUAAGCAGUUAUUUCUAAGUGUAAACUAGAAAAUUAAAUUGUUUUAUUAUUAGUAUGUCUGCAGCAAAGCGAGUCCAGCAAUGGGCAACGUUUGCACGCACCUGGCAUAUCUUUGACUGCAAAUGGCAGGAUCCAUAUCAGUCUGCGCAUGUUAUAAAAAAAUAUUUAAUGGGUAUGCAUAAACCGAUAUACCACCCAAUGAAUGACUGUGGCGAUGUAGUUCUGUGCAUAAACAGUAGAGAAGUAGCCCUCCGUGGUGACGAUUGGCGUCAACGUGCUUAUUUCCAUCACACUGGGUAUCCUGGUGGUGCAACGUGGACUUUAGCUUGGGAAGUUCACAAUAAAGAUCCAACUAUGAUAAUUAAAAAAGCAGUCUACAGAGCACUGAAAGGCAAUCUUCAGAGGCGUCACACUAUGCAAAGAUUACUCAUUUAUCCAGGUGAAGAGGUCCCAGAAGAUAUAAUGCAGAAUGUUACGAACCAAAUACGACAAUUUCGUCCAGUUCCUACUAGGCUUGAUCAUAUUCCUGAAGAUGAAGUGAAACAGUUCCCGAAGGUUAUGGAAUACCCAGAAGAUUAUGUUCUUAAAUAAACUUUGUUUUCAAAAAGUUAGUAACUGCAGUAAUACUAGAUUAGAAAAAUACUUUUUAAUUAAGAAUAAAUUAAUUAGCUUUAAUA